UUGGUCCCAUUUUUUUUCUUUUCAAUUUUUCACAAGUCUCUGCUCUGUUUAUUAUCUUGUAGUCGUGCGUAUUCAUAUUGAAACCUCAAUACAAGCCUGUUCAAUAAGAGGGAAGAUGAAUAACCACGGCCUGUUUUAAGGAUGUUCAGAUCAGGAAUUCAAAACCCCCAAAUCUGAAAGCAGAAAACUAAUACAGCAAAAUAGCUCAGAGAAACAUAGGUACCCUGUGAAACGAAAGUGAUUCCUUUGAAGGAUCUGAUUAUAUUCCGGGGGAAAAUGUUGAAAUAUUAACCAUGAGAUCAUGUUUGUACAAUGCGGUAAUGCAGUUGCUAUGUCACAUGUAUAAAGUGCAUACUCAUAAAUCGAAUAUUGUAUAAGUGUGAUAUACUGAUCUUAAAAUAAAUCUUUUGAUGGGGUUUAAGAGAUUAAGCAUCUUGUAUUGGUCGCAUCUGGUCAUGUAUUUGCUUGAAACGCAAAGACUUUUUCGUUUUUAGUGUAUUUUCCGAAGGAAAUACACUAUUGCGUUCUCCCCUGAUGUCAGACCUGGACCAAAGACCAUGUAAUGAGCAUCGAUCAUGGGUCGUAGAUUACGAAUAUGCAUGCCGUUUGAAUUCAUGUUUAUAUACUUGUAUAAAACUACUACUACCGAUACUACUACUAUACUUUUUUUGUUUAAAAUAAAUAAAAAGUUGCGGUUAUACAACUCAUGAAGUUCGCUUUAUUAAACAUAAAAUAACCAUGAAAUUAGAAUUAUACUUAAGGUAAGUGUGCCAGUUUUGGGCACUGCACCAGUUAAUGGCACCCUCAGCGAAAAUAUGUAAUUAAUAAGCCAUGGGUUACCUUUGUGGCAAAGAAAAAAUUGUUUCAAAAAUAUCCACCAGAUAGCAGUUCAAAACAACAACAGCUGACAGUUCCAGCAAGGAGGAGGAAGAAGAAGAAAAAUAAACAAUCCUAAGGAAGUCAGGUGCUGAGAAAAAGUGUGGUUUCCUUAAGUUUCAGGUAAGCUAACUCAAGCUCUAAAUCAUUUUUCUUAUUUUUUUCCAUUGAACCUGUUGUGCUGAAAACUUUUUGAACCAGUAUUAGUGAUAUUUUGAAUCUAAUUCUACUAAUUUAAUGAGCUAAAAUUGAUUUUCAGCAUUAAAAACAGGGGUGCCCCGAAGUGGUACAAUCAUUUGCAGCUAAUUCCAGUCAAUGGCAUGGGUGCCCAUUAGUGGUUCCAUGGAGUUUUUUGAGCGAGCCGAUGAAUGGCACCCUUGUUACAAACUUUUCCUUUUCAAAAGUUUCGGACUAUUGAUGAAUAUUUGCCUGUGUUUUUUACAUUUUUGACUUAAAAUACAAAAAUACUUGAAUUAUGAAACAAACAGAGUCAUCUCAAUGUUGAAUUAACUCCGAUACACCUCAACUUAAAUUUGGGAUAACCGCAUUUUUAACUAAAAUACACAUUACUUCACCAGGAUUUUAAAUUUAAAUAUUCUUUUAACGAUUUAAACUCGCCAACUGAAUUGAUUGCUAAAUUUCCUCUUUGUAGAUUGCAGUCAUGGUCAAAGCCAAGAAGAAAUCUAAGGCUAAGGCGAAAGUACGGAAAGUUGUCAAGAGGCCAAAGUUCAUGUAUAAAGCGUCUGACAUGCAGGAUGCAAUGGAUAGUGUUAGAGGAGCUGCAGAUGGAAUACGCAUGAGCUGCAAAGCAGCUGCAAAGAAGUUUAAAGUACCGCGGUCGACUCUACAGAGAAAACUGAAAGAUUCCGGCUCCGCAGAGGAUAGAAAGGUCGGCCCAGAAGCAGUGUUGGGAAGAACAAAUGAGGAGACGCUAGUGCAGUGGGCCUUGCAUUUAUCUGCGAUGGGAUUUCCAGCAACGAAAACACAGCUUCUGGAUAGUGUCGCGCGUUUGGUGAGGUAUGGUAAAAUUAAUGUCCCGUUCAAAAAUGACCCAACUAUUCGCAACAGCAGAGGUGUUAGUUGCGUUCCAGAAAUGAGGAAAUAUCGCGUUUAAUUUUUUCCGAAGUAGGUCUAACUUUUUUUUGGUUUUUUUGUGAUAUUUAAGUUACCAUAAUGGUCUCUCAUAACUUACUGAGUUCUGUUAAAAAGUAAUUUUGCCAAAUACACUUAUUAUUUUGGUUCUAUAUGUUCCAGUCAUUACAUUUAAGAAAGGUUAUAACUAAAUAAUGCACCUGAGACUGAUUGCAAGUAUAUUUUUAAAAGCUAAGUAGGUAGUAAAACUGCAAUAUUAUAGAAAAUUCUUGAUAAAUAUGUUUACUUAGUUGGUUUAUUUUAAGAAGUUUCAAUGUUCCUUUUGAUAUGAGAUUGUUGAAAGUAAUGAAUUACUCAUGGUUUACUUCAGGAUUUUUGUAUUCAAAGAGUUUAUUCUGUUCCACUGUGCAUUUCAUUUAAUUUUUUUGCUGUUUCUUAUUUUUGAUACAUUAAAAAGUUUUAAACAAAUUCAAUUUUCUUCAAUUUAAAAUGUCCUACCUCCUAAAAAAAUCCAUUCUGAGGGAAAGUUAAUUCAUGCAGAACGUACAAACUCAGGUGAAGAAAGAGUUUUAAGAUACAUUUAAAACAACCUGUUUUGUUUUGAAUUUCACGACCGAAUUCAUUGCCUAACUGUAAAAUUUCAAUGGAAAAAAACAAUCUGGGUUCCAUGACUUAGGGUCCUUUUUCGAGUGAAAGUAAAAAUCUUCAGGGGGUGCCAUGAACUGGGGCAGUUGGAUGUCAAUCACUGGUGCAUAGGUGUCAUUCACUGGUGCAUCAUGAAUUUUUUCAUUAAAACCAGUUAUUUUGACAUUUAUUUUUAAGAUUAAAACGAAUUUUGGUUUUAUUCACAAAUUAGAAAAGAUUUGCUGAAGAUUGAUUGCAAAAACUUAAAGAUUCAUCAAGUUUUGAAAUUAUGAGAACUAAUCAAAGUCAACCUCCACCACUAAGGUGCCAUUCAUUGGCGCAGUUAC